AAUUUUACACUACACCAUUUCGAUUUCCAUUCACCGUAACGUAACUGAUACUUCCAAUGGCUACUCAAAACCCUAAUCAACGAAAUUCACUCUACCCUCAAGUAAUCUCUUCCAUCCCAACCGCUCCUCCUUCUUCCCAAUCAAAUCUCUACCCUUCAAUCGAUCACGAUUUCGACGACCUCGUUGAAAAUCUCUUCCCUGACACCACCACCACCGCCGGCGUCAACACCACUUCGCCUUCUGCACCGCCGGAAACUACCGAACAGAUUCUUAUCAAAAUCCCCGGAGCCAUUCUCAACCUCAUCGAUCAACAAUACAGCGUUGAACUUGCUUCCGGUGACUUCACCGUCGUCCGUCUCCGCCAAGGUGAAAAUUCCAUCGCCGUCUAUGCUCGGAUCGCCGAUGAAAUCCAAUGGCCUCUUGCUAAAGACGAAACCGCUGUUAAAGUCGAUGAUUCUCACUACUUCUUCUCCUUCUCCGCUCCCAAGGGUUAUGAUUCCGACGAAGAUGAAGCGGAUCGGAGUAAAAACAGCAAAACCGAAUCAGAUUUGUUGAGUUAUGGAUUGACUAUUGCGUCGAAAGGACAAGAACAUUUAUUGAAGGAGUUGGAUGUGAUUUUGGAGAACUGUAGUAAUUUUUCUGUGCAGAAGGUUUCGGAGAAGGCGAAGAAGGGAGAGGUUUUGGAUGGAAAUUUGGCGAAGGAGGUAUCGCCGAAGGAUUUGGAGUCAUCGAAGAAGAAGAAGGAGAUGAUGGAGGGGCAAUGUGCGGCGUAUUGGACUACAUUGGCACCGAAUGUGGAGGAGUAUAGUGGGACUGCUGCGAGGAUGAUAGCUUCGGGGUCUGGACAUGUGAUCAAGGGGAUUUUGUGGUGUGGUGAUGUUACUAUGGAUAGGUUGCAAUGGGGGAAUCAGGUUAUGAAGAAAAGGAUGGCAGCUGGUGAACGUGAUGCUCAGAUUAGUCCUGAAACUUUGAAGCGGAUCAGAAGGGUCAAGAGAGUGACUAAAAUGACACAGAAAGUUGCAAAUGGAUUGCUCUCUGGGGUUGUGAAAGUGUCCGGAUUUUUUACCAGUUCAGUGGUAAACUCGAAGGCUGGAAAGAAAUUUUUCAGCCUUUUACCGGGGGAAAUUGUGCUUGCAUCGUUGGAUGGAUUCAGUAAAGUGUUUGAUGCAGUUGAAAUAGCUGGAAAAAAUGUCAUGUCAACGUCAUCCACCGUGACAACUGAACUUGUCGACCACAGAUACGGAGAAGAAGCUGCUCACGCAACAAAUGAAGGGCUUAAUGCUGCUGGUCAUGCUUUGGGCACUGCAUGGGCUGCAUUUAAGAUUAGGAAGGCUAUUAACCCUAAGAGUGUUUUUAAACCUACCACCCUGGCCAAGUCUGCUGCUAAAGCUGCAGCUUCUGAUUUGAAGUCUAGCAAGUCCAAGUCCAAGUCCAAGUAAUUUAUGGCAGUUCUUGUAAUUUAGUUUAGGUUUGGCCAUCCUGCCAUCAGAAGCUGUUGCUUUCAGCUUUAAAUUACCACUUUUUUCUUAGGAAAGAAGAGGAGGAGCAUAGUAACAUGAUCUGUUGUUUUUAUGGUUUACUUUUCUGUGCAUGUGUAAUAUUUGGACUUUCUUCUAAUUUUUAUAACAGGAUAUAAUCUUAUAUAAUCUUUAAAAGAAGAUCAUAUUUAUCAUGUAAAGAUCAGCAAUGUCUGGUUGUAACUUGUACGUUGCACUCACUAAGUAUGUAUAUCUUAUAUAAUCAUGCUCUGCAUGCCCGUAUGCCUUA